AUGAGGCCUCUUAGUACCUAUUAUAGCCAGGAAGUUAAUUUAUACUUAGUUAACCACCCAGGACGUGUUAUAACUAUUCAUGAUAUAGGAAAGAUUUUUGGUUUAUCUUAUAAUAUAUCAGCAACAAUCAGUAAUGCUGUUUCAGGAUUUAAGAAAGCUGGUAUAGUCCCUUAUAACCUAAAUAUUUUUUCUGAUUUUGAUUUUAUGGCAGCUUCUAUUACAGAAACUCCAUAUUUACCUUAUAUAUCUAAUACAGUUAACCAAAUUAUAACUGGAGAAAUAACAUUAUUACCUAAUACUACCAUACAGUUAACCAAUCUAUGA